ACGUGUAGUACAAUGGCUGUUUCGUAAAAUUUUCUGCUCUGUGUGUUGUUAUUUAUCUUGAUUUAAUUCAAUAUUCCUCAUCGCUAACCUAUAAACUUUCAAAAUGGUUCUUGUGGACUUGGGUAGAAAGAUUACGAACGCUUUGCGUUCCCUCAAUAAUGCAACUAUUAUUAAUAAAGAGGUUUUAGAUUCUAUGUUAAAGGAAAUAUGUACUGCAUUGUUAGAAGCAGAUGUAAAUAUAAAAUUAGUCAAACAACUUAGAGAAAAUGUGAGGUCUGUAAUAGAUUUUGAUGAAAUGGCUGCUGGUUUGAACAAAAGGCGCAUGAUUCAAUCCGCUGUUUUCAAAGAAUUGAUAAAAUUGGUGGAUCCUGGAGUAAAAGCGUGGCAGCCAACAAAAGGAAAACCUAAUAUCAUUAUGUUUGUUGGUCUUCAGGGAAGCGGAAAGACAACUACUUGUACUAAGCUUGCUUACCACUAUUUAAAGAAAGGCUGGAAGACAUGCUUAGUUUGUGCAGAUACAUUUAGAGCUGGUGCCUUUGAUCAACUGAAACAAAAUGCUACAAAAGCAAGGAUACCUUUUUAUGGAAGCUACACUGAAGUAGAUCCUGUUGUAAUUGCUCAAGAAGGUGUUGAAAAAUUUAAAAAUGAGAAUUUUGAAAUUAUAAUUGUAGAUACUAGUGGUCGACAUAAGCAAGAAGAUUCUCUGUUUGAAGAAAUGUUGCAAGUUUCAAAUGCUACGAACCCAGAUAACAUUAUAUUCGUUAUGGAUGCAUCAAUUGGUCAAGCUUGUGAAGCUCAGGCUAGAGCCUUUAAAGAAAAGGUCGAUGUCGGUGCUGUUAUUGUCACAAAAUUAGAUGGCCAUGCAAAAGGUGGUGGUGCACUGAGUGCUGUUGCUGCCACACAGAGUCCUAUAAUUUUCAUUGGUACUGGAGAGCAUAUUGAUGAUUUUGAGCCAUUUAAAGUUAAACCUUUCGUUAGUAAACUAUUAGGAAUGGGUGACAUUGAAGGCCUUAUAGAUAAAGUAAAUGAAUUAAAAUUAGAUGACAAUGAAGAAUUAAUUGAGAAACUAAAGCAUGGUGAAUUUACUUUGAGAGAUAUGUAUGAACAAUUCCAAAACAUUAUGAAAAUGGGCCCUUUUAGUCAAAUAAUGGGAAUGAUUCCUGGAUUUAGUAGUGAUUUUAUGACGAAAGGUAACGAGCAAGAAUCAAUGGCCAGACUGAAAAAGUUGAUGACAAUCAUGGAUAGUAUGAAUGACAGAGAACUGGAUCAUCGAGAAGGAGCGAAGCUUUUCUCAAGACAGGCUGGCCGCAUAACUAGGGUAGCUAGAGGCGCAGGUGUAGCAACAAGAGACGUUCAAGAGCUAUUAUCACAAUAUACAAAAUUUGCUGCAAUGGUAAAGAAAAUGGGAGGAAUCAAAGGGCUGUUUAAAGGUGGUGACAUAGCCAAAAAUGUUAACUCUGUACAGAUAAAUAAGUUAAAUCAACAAAUGGCUAAAAUGAUGGAUCCAAGGGUCCUACAACAAAUGGGUGGAAUAAGUGGUCUUCAGAACAUGAUGCGUCAACUACAAGGAGCAGCAUCAAAUAAUCUUGGUCAUGUUAUGCGAUCUGGCAAAUGACAAAGCUGUCAAUCUUAAAGUUUCUAAUUAAUCACCUCAUGCUAUAAAUUGGUCAUGAAUUCAUGAUCAUUAUAUGGCAAAAAGGCAAUCUGUGAUGGCUUUUAAAAGGUUGAAACUAUUUAUAAGGUAGAUGCCUGUCAUCCAUUCCUACCUAUGUAUAUUAUAAAUUUUGUACACAGUUUUAUGAAUUGUAAAAAAGACAUUACCUGUACAUAAACUGUAGAAUGUCAGGAAAUUUCUUUAUUUACAUAAUAAAUUGUAAAUAUGGCCAAAUUAUAUUCACUUAAAUUGCCAGAGAAAAC